AUGGGUGACAAGCUAUCGGUGAGUGAUAGUGUAACUAAAGUUUAUCAAGCUGCUCGUGAUGGUUCUUCUGAUCUGACCGAUCUUUUAAAGCGGCUGAAACCUGAACAAAGAAAAACCGCUUUGGAAACAAAAACUAAAGAUGGCAGCCAUUUUGUCACUCCUCUCAUCAUCGCUGCUCACAAUGGACAUCUGAAUACUGUGAAAAUUCUUCUGGGAUAUGGAGCAGACAUCGAGACUCGAGGAACGCUGAAGAUAGAGAACGAUGUUAUAAAGGGUUGUACACCUUUGUGGGCCGCUGCUGCUUCUGGUCAUCUUAAUGUUGUGAAACUGUUAAUCGAACGAAAUGCAGAUGUUGACGGCAGAACAUCGACGGAUUCGACUCCUUUGAGGGUUGCUGCCCAUGAUGGACACCUUGACGUUGUGAGAUGUUUGGUUGAGAGGGGGGCAGAUGUGAAUGCACGCAAUCAGUAUAAAGGCACUCCUAUAAUGGCAGCGUUUGACUAUGGCCAUUCAAGUAUUAUAACUUAUCUUAUUAACAAAGGCGCCUUUGUGGAUCUACAAGCCAACGAUGGCAACACUGCACUUCACUACGCUGCUGAAGGGGGCUACUUGGAGGUAGUCAGUCAACUUUUGGCUCAUGGAGCAUCACAACUGCCAAAUAAUCAAGGUUUAACACCACUUCUCUAUGCCUGUGAAAACUGUUCCAUUGAAAUCGUGAAGUAUCUUAUCAAAAGACCGGAAUGUACAAAGGAACAGAGAAUUGAUGCUCUUGAACUUCUUGGUGCCACCAUUGCUAAUGAUAAAUAUCGUGACAUUAAGAAAGCUUAUAGUUACAUGAAACGAGGAAUGGAGAUGAGAUACGAAGACCCGGUACAUCCAUCGCUUAAAAAGAAAAUGGAACCUGUGGAAGCUUAUCAAAAUAGAAAAGAGAGUCAAACUUUAGAGGAACUAGCUCUGUUAGAAGGUGAUGAUCAUGCUAUCGGCAUGGAAGGACUUAUAAUCAGAGAGAGAAUCCUUGGGCCUGACAAUCCAGCUAUUCUGUAUGACAUCAGCCUCCGGGGAGCUGUUUUAGCUGACUCUGAGGAGUACGAGCUUUGUUUUGGUUUGUGGAAACGAGCGAUGGAGAAAGCCAUGAACAACGAUGUUUCCAUAAUAAAAUUUCUCGAAAACUACACAGGUGUACUUGGAGAAAUGGCACAAAAAAGAAAACUUUUAAGACCAAACUUCAUUCAAGACGCAUUCGAAAUUCUAGUUGCUGGAAGUGAGAAACGGACAGAAAAAUUACAAGAGGGACAUGAAAGCGAGGAACAAGAAAAAAUGCUUUAUUAUGCUCUCUAUCUUUUGAUGAUAUACACCAAAGUUAAAGUUCAAAAUGCCAACAUGACUGACGUUCUUCAAAGAUUCCUGCGUUUAAACCUUAGUUGCAGUGAUGGAAAUACUCUUCUGCACUUAGCUGCGUGGCACGAAACUCCAAUUAAAGAAGACAAUGUUCGAGGAGUGUGCAAGCUUCCCUGUGUUGAGACCGUGAAGCUUAUUGUACAUGCAGGGUGUGAUGUAAAUGCCUUUAACACCGAGGGAAACACACCUCUCCAUCUAGCUGUGAAGUAUAAACCUGCUGAGCCUGAAGAUGUCGAGAUUUUGAGAGAAAUGCUGCUGUUGUUGUUAGAUAUCGGUGCAGAUCCAAAGCAAGAAAACAAAAAUGGUCAAACACCACUGGACAGCUGUGAAACGGACGAGGCUCGUAGGAUCCUGUCCGAGAAAAGAGGACUCAGUGCCAUGAACGUCGACGUCGGGGAUGUAAGUAUUAUUAACAUAUUAUAAUUUUGUAAAAUCAUUCAGUUCUUUGUCACGAAAUGAGAGAGUACUUACUUCCGCGCCGCAGUAUGUUGUGUUUAUGAAAAUACGUCUCGCUUGUCUGACCUUCCCUAUCUGAACGCCUGGAACAAGCUGAAAUUCUAAAGUCGUCUCUGUUUGAAUGAAACGAUCCAUUUCAUUGAUAGUGGCAUGUACAAAAGGCUCAUAGAUUAUGCUAUAUGAUAUAACAAGCGUGUAGUUUUUAAGCGGCCCAAUUGUUUCUCCGGUCAAUUUACUGACUAAGAACUGUUAUGAACCGUUCGAUUGACGUUUGCGAAAAAGAAUUCACACUGAAUUCAAAGUUUUCCAAAUAAGAAGUUCAAAGAACAAAUUAAACUGAAAAGCGUCGGGCUAUCACUAACACAUUUUUGUAAAUAUCUUUCACCUGCGGGGGAAAGGGAGUUUUACCAAUUUCCUGUUUCAUUUUUCCCCUCACACCGUCUCUGCCAUUUUUUUGCCUCCUUCCACUGAAUAGAGAGCCUGGGGACCAGCUACAUAAGUGCCGAUUUCGUGACGGAUUUAUGACAGAUCGUGGUUUAGACGAUGCUAACAAAAAAAAAAAACAGUUUAAAUAGUUUAGGAUAUAGUGCGUUUAUAAUUGUACUAAAUUACUUUGGUAUCAUCUGAGGACGCAUGUCUUGCUCUAUUCUCAAAGGCUAGGAAAAUCGGAAGUGGAAAUGAAGAGAGGAAAGAAGGAGGAGGAUUUGUUCCUGGAACAGAAAAAGAUGCUAAUGAAAACACGCAAAAGGAGACUGAAACAAAGGAAAUAUCAGGUAUAUAAGAGAAUCUAAUUAAGGGAUUUGUGUAAUCAAAUGGUGACGAGUGAAAUUAGGGAAUAAUUUCACUCGUCACCAUUUGAUUACACAUACUAAUUGGUUAAAACAAAUAAUUGUACCCAGGAUCAAUGAGCUUCACUGAUGAGCCGUUAGCUACCAUUUUAGGUGAGGUGGAAAGAGAGAGUGUGUUUUAAACAGAGAGACUGGGGCUAAUGGCCCCAUAUGGUGGAUCCCUCAUCGUUCAAGGCGGUAGAAGAUAUUUGGACUGUUCUCACAGUCGGGACAUAAUACAUGUAUGAUUAACAAAAAAUAAACAACAACAAUUUAAAACAAUCAAACGAGAUGCAAUUUGUGUUUGUAAAUAAAAGAAAAAUAAAGCCAUCCCCCAGCCUAUGAGUGUAACCAAGAGAAAAACAGGAGAGGAGACUUAAUAUCCUAUACAGAAGUAAAAAAAAUACCAAGUGCAUUAUUAAGUGGAGAUCAAACACAUUGGUCUAAAAUAAAAAUAAAUUUAUUUAAAUUGAGAUUAGUUCCCCUUUAGAAUGAGGCAUUUACAGCUGUAUAUAAGAUUCAGUCUCUAAGUUUGAUCCUCUGUAGAUGUUACACUAAGGUCACUAGGCGUGAGACCAAAGAAAAUUGUCUCUUUUUUAUGGUAUGGGACAAAAAGCUGAAAUGGUUCCUUCUAUCUUAAUAUCUUUAAGGACAAUUAAUGGAGCUGAGACAGCAGUUGGAAAGUGUCCAAGAGCAACUAAGACAGAGAGACGGACAACUGAGGGAGGCGACACAACAGAUGACAAAUGUUCAAGGGCAACUAAGAGAGAGAGAUGAACAGCUAAGAGAGAGGACGUUGCAGUUGACAAAUGUUGAAAGACAACUACCGGAGAAAGAUGGUCAAUUGAGAGAAAUGACACAACAGCUGUCAAAUAUUCAAAGACAACUAAGAGAGGGAGAAGGACAAGUGAGAGAGUUGACACAGCAGCUGACAAAUUUGCAAGGGCAAGUUCAAGAAAAAGUUGAAGAAAUCACCUCGUUAGAGGAGCAACUGAGGGCAAAAGAAAAAGAAGUGAAUGAACUGGAAAUAUCCCUUGCAACAACUCAGCAAGCGUUACGUGGACGUCAAAGCCAACAGUCACCUGAUUGGGUCAUUUCACGUGAUCAAAUUCAGCUUACAGAGAAAUGUCUUGGUAAGGGAGGUUGGGGAAGUGUUGUCGAAGGCAAGUAUUGUGGCUGCACUGUUGCCGUGAAACAGAUUUACAAGGUGCUUCUGAACCUUUCCUCUCAUAACAGACAAUUGUUUGAGCGAGAAAUGAGCAUCGCUUCAAGAUGCCGCCAUCCUUGUCUGCUGCAGUUCAUUGGAGCAACAAACGAUGAAGGAAGUCCUCUGUUUGUGACAGAGCUCAUGGAAUCGAGUUUACGAAAACUGCUGGAGCAGCGAUCUCCUUCUACAACUGAAGUAGCUGUCAUCUCUCUGGAUGUGGCUCGAGCAUUAAAUUACCUGCACCAAAAGAAACCACGUCCUAUUAUCCACCGCGAUAUCAGCAGCGCCAAUGUGUUGCUAUGGAGACAAGCUGACCAAUGGCGAGGCAAAGUGUCGGAUUAUGGUGCUGCUAAUAUUAUGCAGCAUACCAUGUCAGUUUGUCCAGGUGCUGCAGUAUACAGUGCGCCUGAAGCGUUUACUAAAAAUCAAACUGUGAAGGUAUGUUGUGUCAAUCAUUAG